GGCAAUAAACAGUAAACUUUUUUCGUUUUUACGUUUAUCUAUUUAUUUUGCAAAACUUGUAUUCGAUAAAAAAUAGAAAGCAUGGACAGAUAUAUUAUUAGAGAAAGAAGAGCUGAAGCAGAGUACCCCCAGGGAAAUCAAAUGAUUGCGUUUUCACCAACUAGCACAGGAGGAAAUAAUAUUACUAUGUAUAACCACCAAUACCCGAGCGCUCAAUGUAUGAGCGGGAACUACGUGCAUCCGCAAAUGACUGCUCCAAUAAGCACGUUCGGAAAUCAAAGUAAUGUUGGCGUUGUUUCGGGCAUUGACCCCCGGUAUUUGGCUGCGUAUAAUGACAAUAAUGCAACCUUUAUAGCAGGAAUAUCUGGGAAACAGAUGCAAAUGGAAGCGAAUUCAAUUCCAAUGAAUACGUUCGGUAGCGAUUAUCAGAAUCGCAGUUUUGUCGGCGCUCAAAAGUUCGAAAAUAAAGCUUAUCUGCACAAGCCUUCUGGCAAUUUGAAAUAUCCUGAUGUGCCUCGAUAUAAACCUCCGAUGAACCAGGGAAGCAAUGAAAUAAUUACGGAAAAUAACCGACAUUCAUUUCAAAACAAAUCCAAUUCUGAUGUUUUGAAGAAACAAUCGUCGGUUAAUGCAAUCAAGGAUGACAACAAAGUUCAAGUUAAAACUCGGUCUGAGAAACUAAAGGAACUGAACAAAAGCGGCCCAAGAGCGUUCUCUGGUCCUGUGGAGAAGAUUUUAAAAUGGCAUAAAAGUUUACAAGACAUUGGAGUAUUGGUGCUGUAUGAAAUUGUUGCAAAAUGUGUGAACAUAAGAGCCGGUGAGUCGUGCGCCAAGAACUUGCUAGUGAGAGAUGAGAAUGGCCCUGCGAUGCAAGUCGUUUAUUACGAAAUAGAUUUCCUCUUGCCCGAACUGAAACCGCCGUGCACUGUCCGCAUCGUAGGUCGAAUGGUCGCAGGUACAAAUCGUUUCCAAGCUUUCAAUGUCCGCCUUGCGUCUGGCGACGACGUUGCGACGUUGCCGCGUCGUGCAGCAGUCGCAGCACAUCACGUCGCUAAAUUAUGCAAAGAUUUUGGGAAUAACACUGAAAAUAAAUAA